GAAGGACGAAAUUCUUUCGAAACAAGGGUGAAUAUUGCAAUAUUGGUCACUUAGCAGUAGAGGGUGACCGUGUGUCAAUUUUUGCUAAUUACGUAAUGACGUCAGGGAUACGUGAGGCUGUAGGCGAACCAGUUUAAGAUCCGUGUGGACUUCGGUUCAUUGUGUUUUGUCGGCGCUACAUAGAGCGUUGAGCUAAGAACAGGGAGAGGGACUCAUCCAGUUUAGGGUUUAUCUUUUAUAUAACUUUGAUAGUUUAGCAGUAUUGGGGCAGCAUAAUGGCGGAUAAAAUGGAUAUGUCUUUAGACGACAUUAUCAAACAGAACAGGCAGCAGAGAGGCGGAGGCCGUGGCGGAAGAGGUCGAGGCCGCGGCGGCGGCCGUGGAGGAGGCCCAGGACGUCUUGGUGGCGGCGUCGGCGGCGGAUUUGGAGGCCGAGGCGGCGGUUCUGGCCCCAUGAGGAGCAGACAGAACCUGAGCCGCGCUAGAGGCAGACCAACACCUUACAGCAGGCCUAAACAGCUUCCAGAUAAGUGGCAACACGACAUGUUUGACAACGGCUUCAGCGGCUUCAAUGGUGCCGCUGGUGGCGGUGGAGGAGCUGGCGUGGAAACAGGAGGAAAGCUGCUAGUCUCCAAUCUGGACUUUGGGGUCUCAGAUGCAGACAUUCAGGAACUUUUUGCCGAGUUUGGAACUCUGAAGAAAGCUGCAGUUCACUAUGACCGAUCAGGAAGAAGUUUGGGAACAGCAGAUGUCCACUUCGAAAGGCGGACAGAUGCCCUUAAAGCCAUGAAACAGUACAAUGGUAUUCCACUUGAUGGGCGGCCAAUGAACAUACAGCUUGUCACAUCACAGAUUGACACACAGAGGCGGCCUAUGCAGGGUCUGAACAGAGGUGGUGGAGGCAUGAACAGAGGCCGCGGUUUUGGCGCUAUGCAGAGAGGCAGAGGAGGACGGGGUGCAGGGGGCCCCCGAGGAAGAGGGCGGGGUGCCCGUGGUGGUACCAGCAAACAGCAGCUUUCUGCAGAAGAGCUAGAUGCCCAGUUAGAUGCCUACAAUGCUAGGAUGGAUACCAGCUAAGAAGUUAUGUUCUUCCUUGAUGUCCCUUCCUGUCUGCACAGAAGGGAGUGGUUGUUACAAAUGUGCAGAAUAUUUUACACUUGGUUGUCUAUUGAUGUGAUUGAAAUUGUUCCAACUUCUUUUAAAUACUCCAAAGUGUUUUUUACCAGUGCUUUUUUUUCUUUUUUUUCUGAUAAAUGGUUUUGGCUGUAGGUUAUUGAAGUCCCUCUACCCUGUAGUAAAUAAAACUUGUAAUAAAAACCUGCAGUGCAUAUUAACCAAAACAA